AUGGAUCUAACUUUAUUGUUGCUGGACUCAAACUCGAGAUUAGUUUCAUAUUCGCAAGAAAGGGGUUCCAAAGGGUCAACUUCCUUAUUGGUGGACCUAAAAAAGGGCUCUUACAACCUCACCGCUUAUCUCUCCCCCUGUUAUUUAAUUAAUAAUAAUAAUAAUAACAAGAAUAAUAAUAAUAAUGGCGAAGAUUUGAUCAUAAAGAAGAAUGGGAAAUAUGAAAUGACGCUUAUGUAUAAAGAAAUUAUAGCGGAUAUCUUCGACUCGAUCGAUUUGAAUGGAGGUGGUCUGCUGGAUAAGAAAGAAUUCCAAUCAUACACUAAGUUGACCUGUGGUGAAGAUGAAGACCUUGAGGAUGAUGAUUGGGCUGUCGUUCUCGACAGGGUAGAUUCUAGAAGCGGAAAAAUAACAAAAACCGGCUUUCUGGAUUUGCACAGGAUGGAUAUCAUGGAUUGCGAUGGAGACACCUCGGAUAUGUUGGAUACACUAUCCAGAUUGGGAUACAAUAACAAGAUGGAAUUGGAUAAGGCAUCUCAUUUCAUUGUGGAGUUAUCAGCCCUGGAUAGCGAGGGUGUGGCGUUGAGGUGUGAUGACGUGAAUGGUGUCGACCACACGUCAUACAUGCAGAUGGUGAAGAAGGAGGGCACAAAAAUAAAGUCACGUGACAACAGAAAUGUCAACAUUUACAUCUACGUCACAGACCAUAACGCUUGUAUUGUAGUCGAUAAUCAGGACGAUAAAUGUGUCGUUACUACAAUCGACUGCAGUAGCAGUCGUAACGUUCGGAGCCACCAGAAAUCGCUGAGGCAUUCGUCAAAGUUACCGCCGAAUACGCCACUGAUCUUCCACCAUAUUGUCCCAAUCAACCAGGCGGAAAAAUGGAUUCUACAACUUAUCGACACUGUUCAAUGA